GGCAGGACGGGGCGGCGCAGGGCGGCCCAGCCCCGUCCUCCCCGCCCGUCCUCCAGCCGCCGCCGCCUCAGCCGUGCCCGGUGGGACCAGGCUCGCCGGGGCCGGGUGUCCUUAACAGGUGGCGACCCAUUCCCAUCGUGGAUGAUCUUGACAGUAAAUCUCCUCAGCAGCCAUGUCGUACAGUGCCAGCUUUGUGGAUCCUAAUCAGCUAGCCCAGCGCAUAACUUCUAACAUCCAGAAGAUCACACAAUGCUCUGCUGAAAUACAGAGAAUACUACAUCAGCUCGGGACACCACAGGACACACAUGAAUUGAGGCAACAGCUGCAACAAAAGCAGCAGUACACAAACCAGCUUGCCAAAGAAACUGACAAAUACAUCAAAGAGUUUGGAUCUUUGCCUGCAACAAGUGAACAGCGUCAAAGAAAAAUACAGAAAGAUCGUCUUGUGGGGGAAUUCACCACAGCACUAACAAAUUUCCAAAGGCUGCAAAGGCAAGCUGCUGAGAAAGAGAAAGACUUUGUAGCCAGAGUAAGAGCCAGCUCGAGGGUAUCUGGCGGUGCUCCUGAAGACACCUACAAAGAAGGAACACUUGUCUCUUGGGACAUUCAACCUCAAGCACAAGUGCAAGAUGAAGAAAUUACAGAAGAUGACCUCCGUCUUAUUGAGGAGAGGGAAUCUUCCAUUAGGCAGCUUGAGGCUGAUAUUAUGGACAUCAAUGAAAUUUUCAAAGACUUAGGUAUGAUGAUUCAUGAGCAAGGUGAUGUGAUAGACAGCAUAGAAGCCAAUGUGGAAAAUGCAGAUGUACAUGUGCAACAAGCAAACCAGCAGCUGUCAAGAGCAGCAAACUACCAGCAAAGGUCUCGAAAGAAGAUGUGCAUCCUCAUUGGUAUACUUGCUAUUGGAGCAUUGAUUAUUGGAAUCAUCAUAUGGUUUUCUCUAAAUUAAGUAUCUGGAGUAAGUGUUGUAAUUGAUAUUUAAAUUAUGAAAGGAAAUUGCUACAGUCAUGGUUUGCUGAUUGUGAAGCUAAGUAAAAUAAUGGUUCUUCUGUACUUCAUCACACUUAUUUUUUAUAAGACUUUGUUUUAACCCGAGAAAUAACGUUCUCAGUUCUAAUGUCGGUGUAACUACCUGCCCUCUUGGAUGAGUGCUGUCUUACCAGUAAAACCAGUCAGCGCCAUAAACUGUUCCGUUAACUCAAAAACCUCUUAAGGUUUAAGAGGUUAAUCAAAAUCCUGGUAAUUGUAUUGAAGAAAGGUGGGGGAGGAGUGGAUUAUCUUUGAGAUAUUGCUAAAUGUUGCUGCCAAAACAAACUCCCGAAUUGUUGCUUGAGGCAACAAAUUCACAGCUCAGAAUUUAGUUUUAAGCUAGUAAUGUCUUUGUCUUUUUUUUGUUCCAUCUCACCUACCUGCCCGUUUGAUAUGGGUGGUUCAAAAACAAAAUGUGGGUUGCUGAAGUUGGUGUGAUCUUCCUUUUGAACUGAAGUGUUCAAAUUAAGCCUUCAGUUUGCCUCUAACCUUUCAGAUGCUUCAUAUAUCUCUGUAUUCAGCAUUAAGUAUGGUUAUGCCUGGAAGCCUCCUGCAAAGGUAGGUAGGGUGGAUGAUGUAAUUCUCUGGAUUUCUUGUUUCAGUUUUUGCAUUAAAAAUAAAGUUUUAUGUGCAUACGCCUGAUAUCUCUGCAUCUGAAGUGUGUAUCGAUGAGCUUGGCUAGAUGAAAAUAAGUUCUAGUCUGUGAAUUCUUUAAUUUACUGGGAAGAAUAGAAAUUCCCAGCUUCCUAACUGCACUUGAAUGUUACUGUUCCGAAACUGUCAGGAUUCAGUUUCCAUGAACAGAUCUGAAGUUGUGUGAGGUCUUCCAUACAGAUGAAGAAAAGAAUACAAAUUAAAUUCCAAGUUCAAUGUUCAUAUUUAAAUAUAAUUUCUUAAUCAGUUGAACUUACUCAAACUGCUUAAGAAGUCUGAUGCUUAUAGCCUUUAAAAUGACCUUUUUCCUUUUGUGCCAUUUUGUACUAAUAUAUUAAAAAUGUAACUGAACACUUUUCUGCCAAUUAAUCUAUUUGCAUCUUUAAUUGACAUUGAACUAAUCUGAAAAGUGUACAGAUGAAAAAAUUGAUUUGUAUUUUAUAAAGUUCUUGUACACUCGACCGAUAGAGAAUGCACUGUUUACAUAGUGAACUAUGAAAUGUUGUUUGGGAACAAUCUAACUGCAAGCGUAAAUGGACUUUGGAAUUGUAACUGUGCAACCAAAAUAAAGGUCUUUUAAAGAGUA